AUGAAAGACACUCUUAUCUGUCAUACUGCGAGGAUUUACCGACACGACUUACAUAGCCUGCUCAACAUAGGGUACCACUUUAUUGCCAGGUUCUAUGCAGUUAUAGCUACUGCAAAACGGCAGCCAACGCCGAAAGUACGCGUGUCACCUACAGCCUCGAGCCUCACAUCAGAUCAAAGAGCCUGUGUCUAUAUCCUUUCUGGCAUUUUCCUGCUAACCAGUCUUCAUUGUCAGGAACGUAAUCCGAUCGUGAGCAAGUUAGAAAUGGUUCCAUCUAGAAAACCUUGGGUCUUGUUGUUGUGGGAUGAGAUGUUGAGAGUGAUUACUCGUGCUUGCCCACCUUUUCACCUACACAUGCAGCGAUUCCGGUGGAUGUGGGUGGUUUUGGCUGACUGA